GUUUGUUCAUGGUACUAUAGUACUAGGUCCAUGGUUUGUUAAACCGUGAAUGCGAGGUACAAUAAUUAUCGACCAUGCUGCAUGACUAGCAUCUUUGUGCACUGUGUGGAAUUCACUUUGUAGCCAGAGAGUCUUUGCUGUGCAGUACACCACUGCAAGUAUACUAUAGCGUAUAUAUUUUGUCUCUGCGAUAUUACAAGGCCAAGGAUCGUUGCUCCCAUAGAUUGAAUAUAUCCUCCAAGAUGCCUGGCAAAGGAAAGAGAUGGAUGCUGGCCAAACACUUCGAUGGUUUCCCGAAGGAAAGUGACAUGAGGCUAGAAGAGUUUGAUAUACCAGAGCUGAAAGAAGGAGAAAUCUUAAUGGAAGCCGAAUAUAUUUCUGUGGAUCCAUACAUGAGACCGUAUAGCGCCAAAGCACCACUGAAUACUUUAAUGAUUGGGCAACAAGUCGCAAAGGUCAUCGAGAGUCGUAAUGCGGACUUCCCAGUGGGGACAUGGGCUCUUCCACUUACUGGAUGGACAACACAUUCUGUCAGUGAUGGCAAGAAUCUCAUGAAGGCACCACCGCUCCCUGAAGAGAUACCAAGGUCUUAUACUAUUGGGUCCCUGGGUAUGACUGGUGUUACAGCCUACUUCGGUCUUCUGGAUGUCAGUGACCCUAAGCCAGGGGAGACUGUCCUGGUGAGUGGAGCUGCCGGUGCCGUCGGGAACGUUGUAGGACAGAUUGCUAAGAUCAAGGGAUGUCGAGUGAUCGGAUCUGCAGGAAGCGAAGAGAAGUGUGAGUACCUGAAGGAACUUGGUUUUGAUGAAGUCUUCAACUACAAGACAACACCGAACCUUGAUGCCAAGCUCAAAGAACUCGCUCCAGACGGUAUCGAUGUCUACUUUGACAACGUUGGUGGGGAGUUUGCUGCAACAGCCAUUCUAAACAUGAAGAUCGGAGGACGCAUCUCCUGUUGUGGAUCCAUCUCGGGUUAUAAUCUCAAAGAAAAGCAGCUGUUGCCGUCUCUUUUUGGUGUGAUGGUCACAAAUCAUCUCAAGAUGCAGGGUUUUAAUGUUAUGCAAUACAUGACAAGAUGGGCAGAAGCAGUUACUCAACUAAGCAAAUGGAUCAAUGAGGGAAAGCUGAAGGUUCGAGAGCACAGGACCGACGGGUUCGAAAACAUGUUCAAGGCCUUCACUGACCUCUUCACUGGCGCUAACACAGGAAAGGCCAUCGUCAAAGUCUAACUUGUUUUGAAAAGUGAUACCCGGUCAGGCGGUCACACAACCGAACUGACAGAACCUUGGCCAUUCGAGGCAAUGUAAAAUACCUGUUCAGCCUAUUGUCAGGUCUUUGACACUUAUCAUCAAGUCUCAAGAAUAUAUUUGUAUUCAAUCAGUAAUAUGUGUACCCUUUUUUUAUUACAGAAAUUAUUAAAUGUUAUGUAUGUUAUGUAUCAAUAAAGAUUGAAUAAUAAAGAUUGAUCAAUAUACAUCUAAAACGGUCCAUAUCUAAAGAAAAUCAUAUUGUGACAAUCAUUUAAUUAAAAGAGGUUAGAAAAUUUAUUCCAACUUAAUGGGCAACCGUGUUAAUAUAUGAUGUACACAUGUAUAUUAUUGAGUGCAGCUGCAUUAGAAUAGACCAUUAUCGUAAUGUAAUCAAAUUUAAUACAUAACUGAGUGCCAUGUUAAACAAAAUUAUUUCAUUCACCUGUUACAAAUACAUGUUAUUGUAUUUCAAUACAGUCGAAACUCGUUAAAGAAAUUACCUUGUUAUAUAAAAUAACAGAUACCUCAUUAUAUCAGAGCGCUUUAUACCGAAGUUCCACUGUAGUCAGAAUGUGAAUUGCAUACAUGAGCUGGUGCUAGGUAGGGCAAACAUAAUGGCUUGUCCUACCUAACAACACAGAAUGUAUGUAAUUUCCAUUAUGACUAUUGAAAUUAAGGUGAAUGAAAUAAUUCGUAACUAUUAACUUAACAAAGAUUUGUCCAUUAACUUUGAUUACAUUACUUACAAAAAUGGCCUAAACACGAUUGUGAUCCAAUUCUAGUAAAUAAAUUUCUGAUUUCUACAUUA